GCAGCUUUCAGCCAAGAAAGUGAGUAAGAUAUGAGAUGCUCCUGAUGGGAAGUUGUUUGUUUCUUGUGGGGCACCAGAGGAGUCGCCGGUAGUUGUGGCUUGAAGCUGAACAUGCUCAGUAGGUGCGGCUGAAGCUGCUGUGUCUCCUCUGCCCUUCCUUCUUGUAACCGAACAACUAGAGCUUCGCUUUGGAAGCAAAAGCUCAGGGACCGGCUUUUGUUUUUGUUUGUUUGUUUUGCUAUGGGCAGUCACGAAGCUGCGGCGGUAGAAACGGGUCAGUUUCCAGACAAUGAUAGACCAGAAGUUGCCAAUGAAGAAUCCAGAAAGUUCACCAAAGAACAAAUGCUUAUAAUGGCGGCGGCAGCAUCUGUUAACUUCAGUUCAAUGAUUUGCUACUCAAUCCUGGGACCAUUUUUUCCAAAAGAGGCAGAACGGAAAGGUGCUAGCAGUACAAUAGUUGGACUCAUUUUUGGAUGCUUUGCUAUAUCCAACUUCUUCAGUUCUCUGAUAAUGGGCAAAUAUCUUGUCCAAAUUGGAGCAAAAUUUAUGUUUGUUUCUGGAAUGUUAGUGUCAGGAUGUGUAACCAUUCUCUUUGGAAUGUUGGACAGAGCACCCGAUGGACCAGUAUUUAUAGGACUAUGUUUUUUGGUUCGUACAUUUGAUGCAAUUGGGUUUUCAGCAGCAAUGACGGCUUCAUUUUCUAUUCUUGCAAAAACCUUUCCUAACAACAUAGCUACGGUUCUGGGCAGUCUUGAAAUUUUUACUGGACUGGGGCUAGUGCUGGGUCCACCUCUUGGUGGAUUUUUGUACCAGUCAUUUGGUUAUGAAAUCCCUUUCAUUGUACUUGGAUGUGUAGUGCUGAUUAUGGUGCCUCUAAACAUCUGUAUCUUACCAAGAUUUGAUUCAAUUCCUAGCAAAGAUUCUUUCUGGAAGCUUGUCGCUAUACCCAAAAUUUUACUGCUCAGUUCUACUUUAUUUUCACUAAGUUCAUCCAUGAGCUUUCUGGAUCCAACAAUGUCACUAUUUGUCUUGGAAAAGUUCCAGUUGCCAGUUAGUUAUGUAGGAUUAGUGUUUCUGGGUUUAGCUCUCUCCUAUUCCUUAUCUUCGCCAUUGAUUGGUUAUCUGAGUGAUAAAAAGGUGCAUUCAAGGAAGUGGCUGUUGAUCAUUGGAGGUUUAAUGUCAGCAGUAUGCUAUUUUCUACUAGGACCGGCUCCUGUCUUGCACAUUGAAAGCAAACUAUGGCUCUUUGUUCUAAUGUUGGUCAUCAGUGGUUUUUCCCUUGCAAUGGGUGGUAUUCCAGUAUUCCCUGAGGUACUUAAUUGUGCAUAUGAGCAUGGAUUUGAGGAGGGAUUAAGCUUGUUAGGGCUGGUCUCAGGACUCUUCAGUGCAGUAUGGUCACUUGGGUCUUUUGUAGGACCUAUACUAGGUGGAUUCCUAAAUGACAAACUAGGUUUUGAGUGGGCUGCAGCCAUACAAGGUGGAUGGCCACUACUGAGUGGACUGGGUAUUGGAAUUUACUAUAUCUAUGAGGCCUCAUGUAGAAGAAGAUCCUUUCCACCAGACAGUCUGGGUACAGAGCAAGAGAGAGCUCAGCUUUUAUCCAGUGAAACAUAGUCGGAAAUCUUCCCCAUCAGCAUCUGAAAUCUGAUUUUAUGUCACCUAGAAGCAUAACUCACUCAUAAGGGGCAGCAAAUAUAAUACACUGUGAAGAAUUCUGAAGCCUUUAUAACUGUAAUGUAUCGUUCCAUCAUUUAGAUAACUAAUGCCUUUCUGUUUUUGGCAUUUGAGGUGGCUAUAUCUGCGAGUAUUUGUACAGGAGAAAUAUUUUAUACAAUGUGAAAUUAAUAUAUAGCACAAUGUGCCAUAUGUUUCAUAAUAAUAUACUUUUGUACUUAACACCACCAUCUGCUGGUCCAGUUUCUUCAGAAGUAUAAUUUAUUCUAGUAAAUUUUGUUAAAACUUUUUACAGAUUAUUAUGCUGAUGAUCUAAAACUAUGCAUAUGACUUAAACAUUGCAUUGAAUAAAUAAAAAUGCUUUUCUGUCUACCUCCCCUCCUCA